CUCCAACAGCGAAUUAUGUCCGACGAGCAGUGCAGACUUUUCUCCGUCUCAAUCACGGCCUGUCAUCAACCAGCUUCGUGUCUUCGUCAAUUUGCGCUGGUUGAGAGACGCUACUGUUCUUUCCCCUCGUGGCAACCCUAGCGACGGGCUUAGAUCAUCUAUCGAUGGACGCGACACUCCGGUCCGCAACUUCAAAGGGCUGAGACACCCAGUCAAGUCUUUAAACAACAACAGCCACCCCGAGCCGCAACAGGAGCAACCGCGUCAUGGAGCAACCGAACAGCAGCGACGGCAGCGGCACCGAGACCGGCCCGGACCUCGGCUCUAGCGGUCACGCGAAGCCCCGACGGCAAUGGACGCUGCGGCGGUGGCUCGACGAGCGCUUCGACUGGUCGUGGUUCACGUGCACGCAGUCAACAGGCGGCAUCGCGGUGCUGCUGUCCGAGUGCCCGAAGCAGUUCCGCGGGCUCGAGACCAUUGGCAUCGUCAUAUUCGUCUUCAACCUGGCGCUGCUGGGGCUCUUCACCGCGCUGAUGCUGCUGCGCUGGGCGACGACGCCGGCCACGCUGCGGCGCAGCUUCGUGGCGGCGCCCGAGUGCUUCUUCUACGGCUCCUUCUGGCUGUCCGUCGCGACCGUCAUCAUCGGCGCACAGCGGUACGGCGUGCCGCACGCGGGGCCCUGGCUCGUGGUCGCGCUGCGCGUCUGCUUCUGGGCGUACGCGGGCGUCGUGCUCGUCUCGGCGACGGCGCACAUGGUGGCCAUCUUCUGUCUCACACCCGUCACGGCACUGGGCAUCCACCCGGCCUGGUUCCUGCUCUUCUACAACGUCAUGCUCACGGGCACCGUGGCGGGGACGCUCGUCGAGUCGCAGCCGCCGGCGCAGCGCCUGCCCAUGAUGGUGGCGGGCGUCGCGUACCAGGGCUUCGGCUGGCUCGGCUGCGUCAUGCUCCUGACGUGGAUGUUUGGGCACCUCAUGGAGAAGGGGUGGCCGGUGGCGAGCCGCACGCCGGGGCUCUUCAUCACCGUCGGCAGCGUGGGAUACACCAUUGUGGCGUUCAUCGGGCUGGCGAGGGCCGCGCCCGAGGGGUACGGCUACUUUGCGGUGCACCCGUCUGCCAGGGAGGUGCUACUCGUGCUGGCGACGUGGACGAGCGUCUUCAUGUGGUUGUUUGAGCUGUGGCUGUUUGCGCUGGCGCUGCUCAUCACGCUGGCGUCGAUGGUGGCGAAGCGUGAGGACGGGCAGCAGUGGGCGUGGCAGCUGAGCUUCAACAACACCUGGUGGGCCAUGAUCUUUCCCAACGUCGGCUUCACGCUGUCGACGGUGUACUUGGGCCAGGAGCUGGGCAGCGAGGCGGUGCUGUGGGUGUCGACGGCCAUGACGGUCUUGGUAGUGGCGGCGUGGCUCAUGAACAUGGUUCUCAUGGUGAAGAGCGUGUAUACGACCCUUUUCUGCGCGGCGGAUGACAAGUUGCAAUAACACGAAUCGCAGGCGUGGACCAGGAGACAUGGAGAUGUCAACAUUGAACAUACACAUAAAGUACAGUAUACGUGGUGAUGCAUAUAAACGAAGAG